UCUCUGGGGCUCUAAAGAAAGUUUCUUGGUUGAGGACAGGAUUACUUGUGCCUUGUAAGAAUCCGAAAUGGCUUUAUGGGACACAGGAAGCUCACGCCAGCUGCCAAUCGCUGAUUGAGUUGUGCCUCCAACAGGCCUGGGGAUGAGUGCUACCAGCAUCUUGGUCCUGAUCGGCUGCCUAGUCACAGUCACUGAGCCCAAAAUCUACACUCGCUGUAAACUGGCAAAAAUAUUUUCAAGAGCUGGCCUGGACAACUACCGGGGAUUUAGCCUUGGAAACUGGAUCUGCAUGGCGUACUAUGAGAGCCACUAUAACACCACAGCCCAGACAGUUCUGGAGGAUGGGAGCACUGAUUAUGGCAUUUUCCAGAUAAACAGUUUCACGUGGUGCAGACAUGCAAAGCUACAGGAGAAGAACCAUUGCCAUGUUGCUUGCUCAGCCUUGAUCACCGACGACCUCACAGAUGCAAUCAUCUGUGCCAAGAAAAUUGUUAAAGAGACAGAAGGGAUGAACUAUUGGCAAGGUUGGAAGAAACACUGCGAGGGGAGAGACCUGUCUGAGUGGAAAAAGGGAUGCGAAGUUUCCCUAAGCUGAGACUGGACCAAGGGCCAAGGAUAUUUUUGCAACAACUCAUGAGAAUUUGUAAUGAACGUCAAAAUGCUCAUGUCAUCUUGUCCCCCAUUCUCCAAAUAUCCCUUCUCAAAGUUAGAGUGGGAAACUAAGCUAUCUUUUAAGGAAAUAAAUAUUUUAAUUUAAA